AUGGCCAAGAACGUCUCUCCAGAAGAGCAGGCCGCUGCACAAGCUGCAGAUGAAGAAAAAACCAAAGAAGAAUUAGAAUGGGCUGAAAAAGGAUCAUUACUAUGUAGAAUCAAAAAUCAAAAAGUAAAGGAAAUGUCUCUGGUGACUAUCAAAAGUAAACAAUUUCUGAACUAUUAUUCAAGUUACUGGUUCAAUUUCGUACCAAAUGCGUUGAAAUCAGUUGCACUGUCAGAGUUACUUGAAGUUCGAUCUGGUUACCAAACUGAUAACUUGCAAAGAGCUUCCAAGAAGUACGAAUUCCAAGAGCUAGCACCGGAAUCGAGAUGUUUUUCUGUCAUCUUUUCGCAUGCCAAGUUUCUUCAUAAGUCUGUUGACUUCUGCGCGGAUUCUAGAGAAACCCGCGACAAAUGGGUUUCCGUUCUGAAUCAUCUCAUAUCAGUCGCUAAACACCAACGAGUUGUUUUCAAUGAAACUGCUUGGUUGAUAGACAAAUUUCAACAAGGAGACACUAACAAAAAUGAACUAGAAAACUCGAGAGACAAUAAACUGAACGAAAAAGAAUUUCUCAAUUUUUUUGAACGACUUACCGAUCGUCCUGAUCUACGAUUUGUGAUGACUCAAGCAAGUUCUGAUAAUGUGGAAACACUGACUGUAGCUGAUCUGCAAAGAUUUCUGACAGUAGAACAAGGAUUUGAAAACGUAGAUAUGAAGAAAGCAGAGCAGAUUCUGGACACCUUUGAGCAAACUGUGCAGGAUAAACAGAAAGAAAAACUUAUGGGACUGAUGGGAAUGCGAAGACUGAUGCAAUCAAGAUGGGGAAACGUGUUCAAACCAGGAAAUGAGAGCAUCUUCCAAGAUAUGGACCAACCGCUGACUCAUUACUUCGUUAAUUCAUCACAUAACACCUAUUUGACUGGGUUACAAGUAAAAGGAGAAGCAACAGUUGAAGGUUAUAUUUCUGCGCUGAGAAAAGGAGCGAGAUUAUUAGAGUUAGAUUUGUUCGAUGGUGAGCAUGGAGAGCCGGUCAUCACACAUAAAAGAACUUUUAUUGAAUCGAUUACGUUAAGAAAUUCGUUAGAAGCUAUCAAGAGAACCGCGUUCGAAACGUCCCCAUAUCCUGUGAUCUUAACUCUCGAAAAUCAUGUUGGCUUCGUACAACAAGCUGUGAUGGCCGAAUUAUUCAAAGAAAUACUCGGAGAUUCUCUCUACAUUCCACCCAAAGAUUCUCAUCGUCACCCAUUGCCUUCUCCAAAUAAAUUGAAAAGAAAGUUUUUACUCCGUGGUAAGAAGAUUAUUCUCGAAGAGGAGAUUGAAGAACCCGAUGAGGACGAUUCGCCGAUUGAUAAGGAUAAACAUCAUGUUCAUCCACAUCCAGUAGCUCCUGAACUCUCAGCAUUGAUUGGACUUCCAUCUGUGAAAUUGAGUCACAACAUUUAUCAAGAUGUAAACAAACAUCCGUUUGAUGGUAGUCCAUCUCUAUCCGAAAACAAAGUGUAUACUAUGUUUGAAGCUGCAGUUCCCAUCUUCACAUAUACUGCAGAACGCCUCGUCAAAAGUUAUCCAAAAGGUCUCCGUCAAGAUUCUUCCAACAUGCAUCCAAUCGUUUCUUGGCUCUGUGGAAUCCAAAGUGUCGCUAUGAACUUCCAAACGGCUGGUGAAGAGCUUGAUUUGAAUGCUGGCUUGUUCAGAAUUAAUGGAAAUUGUGGAUACGUUCUGAAACCUGGAUGCCUUCUUGAAGGAAUUGAUCCGAGAACUAUGACAAAACCGAAGCUGAAGCUUGGAAUCGGUCUCUUCUCUGCACAAUACCUUCCAAAAUCCGAACCUGGAAAAGAAAUCAUCGAUCCAUAUGUCAGUGUUCAAAUAUUUGGAAUUCCAAGAGACGAGACGAAGGCAAAAACAAGAAUCAUCAAAGACAACGGAUUCAAUCCAGAAUGGAGAGAUAACUUCUAUUUCACCCUUUGUUGUCCAGAACUUGCUAUCAUCCGUUUCUGUGUUAAGGACUUCGACUCUACAUCUUCCAACGAUUUUGUCGGAGAAUUUUCGAUUCCUGUCAUGAGUCUUCGAACCGGAUAUUCUCAAAUACAAUUGAAUACUGGAUACCAGCAUACUUUAGACCCAUCUGCAUCUCUCUUUGUUCGAAUUGCUAUGGAGGAAGAGUAUUAA